GUAUCAGCCGAAAAUCAGUGAGGAACAAACUGCUUCCAAACUGACCAUAGAAGUUUACAGCAAUGAGGAAAUUCUCUCAGGAAGAAACGUGAGCAAAUCUGGCCAUGUAGGGAGAAAAUUCUGUGAAAACUUAAAACUUGACUAAAACUUCCUUUUCUUUGGGUAGUAGUUUUGUUUGCACUGUCUGUGCUGUACAUUAUGAUGAGGCAAAUUUCCACAGGAAAUCCAGCGUAUUGAGUUCUGUUGUAAAACAGGAUAUCUCGGAAUACCUGUACGCUAAAUACAUGGCCACGUUUCCUUCCUUAACAGAGUGUGGAUGGUCUUGGAGUGAUAUAAAUAAAGGUACAAAGGUCGUGACCUUUGAGUCAUUUAGUGGACAUCCUUAGUACAUACUUAUAUUACAUUAAAGGUACACUGUACAGUUAAACAAUGUCUCUUCCUUCUGAAGGUCUUGUAUCUGAAUACAAAGGUAUGGAGAACACAUGUAAUGUCUCUCUCUCUCUCUCUUAUCUUCCUCCCUUUCUCUCCCCCUCUCUCUCUUAUCUUCCUCUCUUUCUCUCUCCCCCCUCUCUCUCUCUUAUCUUCCUCCCUUUCUCUCUCUCUCCCUCCCCCUCUCCCUUAUCUUCCUCCCUUUCUCUCUCUCUCCCUCCCCCCUCUCUCUACCUCUCUCUCCCCCCCCCCCCCCUCUCUCUCUGUUACAGAGUCAUUAUAUAUUGCAUUUAUACAACUGAUUAUGUGACCAUUUAACUUUGGUUCUGAGAGUGUUAGUAGUCUAAAUGUUACAGAUUGUGCAUCCUGUGUCCAUCCUCGGUGUAAAUCUGAUUAUCUUGUCUGAUGUUUGACAAAAGUUUAAACCUGACAGCAGGAAGAACAUGACAUCCUUAGCAGGAGGCAGUCUAAUGUUUUACCUCUCUGUUAAUCUGUUUGCAGAGAAGAUUAUCCAAAAUAGAAAGUGUGAUGCAGGGAUUAUUUGUAAAUAAAAACCAUUUCCUCCCUCCCUGUUUUUGAGGGUGGGUUAUAAAUACUGUAUAAAUGAAUGACAGACUCUUAGACAUCUGAUAGUUCAUAACAAGUAGACAUGGUGGUAUUUUACUCUGAGAGCAGUAUUGCUGAGAAAGCAUGUAUUCCUCACUAUACAAUCUACCAAGGUAAACAUUUUGAUUUAGUUUGUGUAUUUUUUAUAUUAUUUUAAGUUAACUGUGCAUGUUGUUUUAAUUAGAAAAGAUAUGCAGAAAGUAUUGAGACACUGAAAAUUCAUUUAUAUUUUACAAAUUGUUACUACGGUAAUGAACUCUGUGUCCCAGAGCAUCUCGUCUCAAGUUAAUCCAGUAUUCUAAAAAAAAAAUUAUCUUUGUAACAGCAUCAAACCUUCCAACAGAUUCACUCUCUGUCUCUGAAAUUAUUUGGAAUGAAAUCUCUUUGAUUGUUGCUGUAUUGACAGAUAAAGCCAUUUUUCUACAGAGCCGAACUACAAAUGGUCCCAUGUUUUCGAUGCAGUUUUACUUGGUAGCUGUUUGGGUUUAUAAGAAUUCCAAUAAAUAUACAUCAUAUCAGAGGUAAAUUGCUGUAUCAAAUUCACCAGAUUUCCAUGGUAACGGAAUGAAAAAUGUCCUGUCUGAGUGACUUUAGGUGUAGUAUUGUUGACAUAAGCAAUUUCAGAGAAAGCUUCUGUUGGGGGAACCUGCAGGGAGUUUAGAGGUGGUGAUAUUUUGAAAUGCUAGGAAUGCCUAGGUAGAAGGCAUGUUAUUGUAAUUCAGAUCAGAAAUAAAUUUAUUGUAAUAGUGAAUUUACACUGAAGUCUCGAGAGUAUUUGUAAAAGUAUAUUUGCCUUUCCUGUUUAUUUGUUGGGGAAAUUUAAUUUUUUGAACAAUAUUGAAAGCAGAAAAUAAUUUGGAGUUUUUCCUUGAGGUUUGAAGGUGUGCCCUCUACUAAUUAUUGUGACUGUACAUAAAAACCAAGUUCAUUAUAAACUUAGUAGUGGUAGAGUACUCUACUGAAGGACAGAGUAUGAGAGGCCUGUUGGACAUUCGGGUCUAAAGGUCAGGAAUCCUGCCCCCUGUCACAAAUCCCACAAUGUGUAUAGUCCCACUGUAUGUGUUGUUAGUUUCUGGACUGUUAGUGGAUAUAAACAUUAUGGGAAUUUGGGCUUUGUGUGUUCAUUAAAACUAAAUGCUUCUCCACUUCAUUGGGUCUCUUAGGACAGCACUUUCUGAUGGAAUAACCCAACGCCACUAAUCAUCAUCCUGUUACCAUGGUAAUUGCUUUGACUUGUUGGUCAGGUAACGAUUUUGUCCCAGUCGGCAUCGCUGGUGCCUUAACGUAAUUUGCAUGGCAUGCCUUAGCUACCUUUCACAUUCCUGAAUAUUUAUGAAGUAAAAAUUGAAAGACUUUCUCUCAGAUAUUCCUAUAUGUUACAAGUCCAUGAAGAGUUUUGUAAAAGAUGUGUUGGUGCAUUGAAUCAGACAGAAAAAAAAAAGCUGAUCAAUAGUAGUGGGAAUGAUGAGAGAGACCAGCAUUUCAUACAUAUUUAUACCACAGCCCCUCACACCUAGAAUGCAGUUAUGCCUCCGAGAUGUGGUCCGUAAUCAGAUUUAUGGUAAAACAGUGUUCUAGGAUUUGUUUCCUGAUAAAUUUGAAAGCAUUUGCUGCUCUCACGUGGAUGGUGAAACCUCUAUUGGUGUGCCUUGACAAGAGUAUAUUAAGAUUAUUUGGUGUAUCAUUUUUUAAUCAUUUUUUAAAUGGAUCCACAUUGGAAAAAAUAUUUCUUGUAGAAAUAUUCUUCUGAUUGUCUGAGAUGAAUAAUUUUUAGAAAUCAGAAUUACAUAAAAGGGUAUAUUUGAUUUCCACAAAUGAAUUAGUUUGAUUAUUGAAGACUAAACUUGGUAUGGAGUUGUAGAGCUGUUUGUGCCACAGAUGGAAUGUCAUCCAAUGGAUCGUUUCACGUGACCUUUCUUUACCUGAGCUAACGAUCUGGAGAAUUAAUGCUUACUCAGCCAUGACAAUCAGUUCCUUCAUCUUUUGUCCUCACAUCACAGACAGACAUGUCCUCAAGUGGUCAGCACGUGCCGGAGAUCAAUUUAAAGAGCGGAAAAAUGCCUGUUUAAUGAUCAGAAAUUUCCACAUUCCAUAUUGUCAAUAAUACAAAACUAUGCACAAAAUUUUCAUUUAUUUUAAUUUUAUUGUUAUCAAUUUUCUGCUAUUCGUUUUUAUCAUUUAUUGUGAAAUUUAAUAUUGCAUCAUUUGGAUUGUGAAUUCAACGAGAUUUUUAGAGGGCCUGUCUUCCUGCCCUAGAUUAUGGAGAACACUUCACACCUAUUUCUACCUUAUUCCCUAUGAGCACCCCAUAUUGCAGGAGUUCAAACUGGGGUUCUGUUAUAAAUUGAAACCUUACAAAUAAUGGCAUAUGAGGGAUACUGCCCCUAUGGGACUUGUGCUGGAGAUAAGCUUACCAGCCUUUAUAAAGGACUAGCAGAACAAAGUGUUCACUUGCUAAUGCUGUUGUAAUUAUCAGUUGGGCAAGGUGUAAAUGUAUAAUGUCAAAAGCUCAGGGUACCUUAAAAUGUGCAUCUGUUUAGGAAUUGGUUGGCUUCUUUCAAAUGUGUCAUAUGGUAUCUCUGAAAGGCAAUUAAUGGCCAUGCAGUUUUGGGUAUUUGCAACUCACUUGCUUAAUUAUUUUGUUUUGUAAUGAAUAUUACUUUGGUCUGAAUUUCAUGUAUCAUACUUAACAAGCAUUAAAGAGGAAUGUACUGAUAAUAUUUUCUGGAAAUGGUAUUUUGACUGAACAGGCUCAUUGUAAUCAUUACUAGAUAAAAUUUUGGAUUUUUGAUCUCCUUCGUUGAUUUACUUUCUAAGUCCUAUUGUAAAUUCUGCUAAAUUUUCAAAUGUUUAAGGUCUUGACUUUUCUGUUUUGUAAGUGCAGGGUGUUAAUUUGAGAUCUUUAAUUCUAGAUUAAAGAAGAAGGGAAAAAAUUGACAAGAGCAGUAGAUUUUUAAAUGAGACUUUUUUCCACCGACAAGAUAGAGUUGCUCUUUUCUUGCAAACGGGUAAUUACAGUAUUUUUCUUCUGGAAAUUCAGCAAGGUAUACCCUGAUAUUAAGACACUUGAUUUUAAUGCGUGGCACGCGAGUCAUUGGAGGCCGUGUUCACCCUCGGUGUGACGGGGUCUGACGACGGAGUUGAUUGGGGCUUUUGUACGGAGCUCGACUGGGAGCCCUCCUACUAAGGAACACUGGGAGAACAAAGGAAAAAAAGUUUUGUAGUUAUUGAUGUGGCCCAGGAUGUGAUUCAUCAGCCAUUGUUCGCAUGUUAAUUAUAUUCUUGAGAUACAAACACUGCUUCUUAAGGAAAUAUGACAAAACCGGGCACUUAAUCCCUUGACAAACGUUUUUACACCUUUUUUUUUCCAGGAGAAAUCUUUGAGGAAAAGAACCACAUUUUUAUUUGUUUGUUGGCUUAAUAAAAUGUUACUAAGAUUCUUUCUCUUUAGAAUGUAGUUAAAAAAAUUCAAAAUGUGUUUCAACAUCAGAAAAAAUUUAAUUAUUAGGCAAUUAUUAUUUUACUUUUCCUAUUUGACUAGAAUUUGUGUUUUGGGGUUGUCUAGCGGGACUGUAAUGAUCUCUAAUACAGAGAAUCCAGAGAGCUGUAGCUACACGUAUGUGUUUCAGUCGUAAUGGAUACUAUUAUGAAUGUUCACUAUUUUCUAUCAUAUUAUUGGGUGUGACACAUCAUAAAAACAGUUUCACUGCAAUUUCCCACCAAUGCGUCAUCAAAAACCUCAAUUUUUUUAAAUUAGUAGAUAUCAAAUGACCUUUAUGCUAUAUAUGCAAAAAUGAUAAUGAUCAAAAAAUUAUAUGAAAUGUGAUAGUGAAAAAUAAUGAAGAGAAAAAGAGACUGUUUGAAUUCUAGAGGAUGUGUAAAAUUGAAUUGGAAAGUUAAAUUUUUCCUCACAGAUGCUAAUUAUAAGGUUUGGUGAGUCCCACCAUGAUAACUUAAUUUGCAUGGUCCAGUGAGAAAUCCCCUGAGUGAACAGGAUAGAUUAAGAUAUCAGGGGCUUUGAUCUUUGAGUCUGUUACAUCACCAGGGGGCCAACUGUUCCAGGUUCUCUAGAAUUAACAGGACCUCACUGUGCCACUGGUAAAACAAAAAUAAAAUUUUGAGUUUGAAUAAAAUUAGAGGUAGGGGAGACUGCCCUCUGUUGGGGUUUAUGUUAGAAGUGGGGACAUUUGAUGUUUUUAACUUCAUAUUUUGCUGUUAAAUUAUCGUGAAUAUUUGUUACUGAUUAAGGAUAUAGAAUUACUUUUUUUUUAAUAUAAAUUUUUAAUGGAAUAUCUAACUGGAAACUUCAAUUUUAAUGAACAUUAAACACAGAUUUUAAAAUCUGGAGAAAAGGAAAUGAGUUGGUUGGGUAUAGUGUUUUUGCUGGUACUUAGCUGGGUGUCAGAGAGAUUUUGAUUUUCAACAAACUGUUUGUUGACAGUUAGUCAUUGAAAAGCUCCUAAUAUCGCAAUAUCAAUUAGUAGGAAUUUUAUUGUCUGCAUAACUAGAAGAGGCAGUUGAUGUAAUGAUGUAUCAAACGUAGAUUGAUUUUAAUUAUCCGGGUUACAUUAAGUGUUUGAAGCACUCGUCUGGUAUCUUGGUAAAGUCGACAGUAGCCAGCUAAACCUGAGGUGGGCUGUAGGCCUCUCGUAAUCUCAGGGAAUGUUUACUUGCCUCUCAGUAGCAUCUUAGGGUCUUGCAGCUCUAAAGAGCUUUUCCAUGUAUGGGGUUACAGAAAAACAAAAUGCUCUUGUCAUUCCAAAUUGUAAUAAAACAUCUCUGUAGCAGUAACUACUAAAGAUCUGGUAUUGAUUUAGUUAAUUCACUUAGGCUUUUAAGUUAGCUUGAAUUGGGGGACUCUGCUUUGAAACAGUCCCUCUUGUUAGGGUGUUAGUGGGUUUAAAAUGUGUGAAAAUCAAAGCAUAGGAUCUGAAUGUUACAGCCCUUAAUGGCUCACACUACCUUAAAAGGUUCAAGUGUUUGAACACAUAGAAAAUAUCCUUAGUCACAGGUUGAUAAAAUAUAUAUAGCAAUUAUUCACGUAAAAAUGCUCUUCAUGGUGACUUGUAUUCUUUGCAAAAUCUCAAAAAAUCAUUAUACUGGAAAUUUUUCUUCUGAUGUACACAUUUUAAAAUUUGGAAGGGGGGGUCUAUUUUGUUGUUGUUAUCGUUUGGUAUUUUGCCUAUGUGUCAUAACAUUUGAUAAUGGAGAGUAGGAUGGAAAUGAAGUUUGGAGCCUCUUAGUUUUUGUAAAUUUUUCUUUAAUGGUGUGUAAUAUUGGGCAUCACAAGCACCUGUUAGUACUGUAUAUUGUAGAUCUGGGUUAAGUACCUACAAAUCAGGGAGACCUCUACAAGGUGGUUCACACAAGUUCUUGUUUUAUUUCCACGUGUUUGGAGGUGCAGCAAAGGAGUUUUUAGCUUUUCAAAGAAACAAUCAAAAUGAAAGGGUUGAAAAUCAUAGCAUUUAGCAAGUAAAUCUUUUCAUUAUUCUUAUCUUUAAAGAGGAGAAAAUAGAUGAAUAUAUAUAUAUUAAUGGUUCAUGAAGAAUUUUUCAUGUCAUAAUUAACAUUUCUGCAUGAAAUAUAAAAUGGUUUGAAACAGAUUUUUCGGGGUUUUAACACCUGUGCGACCUCUAUGUGAUAGCUGUCUGUACAGACAGAAAGAGAUGCUUACUGAGGUUGUAUGGCUGCUAGAAGCUGAAACACCUGAUGAUGCACACCAAAGAAUGCGGUGCUGCUGAUGUAAAUAUUACUAAGAUACCUGUAUCUAUGUAACCAGAAAAUAUUUGGCAGGUGUGAUAUCUAAAAAGGUGAAUCAGGUGAGGUGCCUAGGAGGGGGAAAGCAGGCUCUAUCUCCAAAAGAAGAUAGCAGGUAUAAUUAGACACAGGUCUGUAAAGAGAGUAUUAUCAGAGGGUAAUAAGGCUUUUGUUUUUAUCUUAAUUCAAUUAAGACUUUACCUGCAUACAAGGUGAGUAGGGGGGGAGGGGCCUCAGAGAGGGCUUGGCAUCACCUGUGUUCUGGCGAUGGUGCUGUGUUGAGGUGUAUUGAGUUUCCUCAGUACCUGUGUGAACCUGUGCACGUUAUCAUUGCUAGGGUAAAAAUUUGGCUCUGCUCCGAACAGGUAUAGAACAAAGAUUCCAUCGUACACCUUUACAUCACAAGAGCAGCCACUAUGGGUAAGUGCCUGAGAUGUUAUGUAUUUUGAAUUCUUCUCUAGAAAUAGAUUCAUUUUUAUUUGUUUCUUUUGAACACUAGAAUGUUGUCCCUGAAACUGACAAUUUCUAUUUUAUACCCUGAAAUUUAUUCUUUUUCUUCGGUUUCAAAAUUUUCUCUUCUUGUUAUAAAAGAUGCUUUGUGGAUAGAGUAGAAACUUGAAACAAAUGAAUUGGGUCAUGAUUUGAGCUAGUUAUGAUUGCUGGUAGACAUCCAUUGUGAUGCAGUCAAAUAAUGUUAUAAACAGAUGCCAGUGAAUGCCAUUAUAUUUGUGUUAAAACUGGUCUGAAAUUAACAGCAUUGAUUUUUGUUGAAAUGGUUGGCCCAAACUAAAGCAUCCAAACUUGGAGUAACUGUUUCUAUUUCCUUACUAAAUGGCUAACCUGCAAUGCAGUGUAUAAUGAAAGAGUUUUUACAGCUUUUCUACUUUAUAGGUAAAUUUUAUUUCUAUGUGAUCAGGGGAAACAACUCUGGAGAAUCUAUAAUUUGUAUAAGUUGGGAAUAUUUACCCCAAUUUUAUGUUUUUUGGAGUUGGGUCAUUAGUUGGAAAUGAAUGGAGGGGAUUGGUUGAUGUGAGAAUUUAUUAUCCAAUUAUCUCAGCUAAAGGCAGCUUAAUGAAUAUUCUUCAUCUGAAAUUUGCUGGAAUGAAAUCCAGUGGUCCAUGCAACAAUGAACAUAAUUGCAUUCUAACAGUAUCCCUAACUGUGGCGGCUCAUGUAAUUAAUGUCCAGUUAUGAUGGACUGGAGGGAAGAAUUUCUGAAUAUUGAUAGCCAUACAGGUCAGAAGUCACCAGCACUGCAGCAUGCUGCAUUAUAAUCUUCAAAGUUUGGGAGAGAUAAAUUUUAAUCUUCUGAUUGUAUGUAAAAAUUCUAGGAAAAAGUCCAGUGAAAUGUUUUUGUAAUCUUUCCCCAAAGAUGAGUAGACUGUGUUAUGCUGGGUGAUUUUCAAAGCAUGCUUAGUGAUUUGUCUUUUUUUUUUUUUUAAAAAAACCCCAAAACAGUUGAGAGUUUUAAAUCUUGUUUUUCUUUAUUUGUUUAUAUUGCAAGUGGGGUGUCUGUGAAAGUUUGGAUUUUGAUAGACUGAGUGAUGAGGAAGAGCCUGAUCAAUGCAUUCAGAAACUAAUGACUUUCUCCAAUGUGACAUAACUUUUAAUCUGCAUGACAAUAAAAAUCCAGGAGGCUGUUCCAUGUGGAAUGGCUUUCCGUGAUCCACCAUGGCCUAUGCUGGAGAUACAUCUCUUCCCUGAUCUAUCACCUCAAUACAAUAAGAAAACCAGGACUGCCAUACAAGUAAUCAAUAAUUCUGAUUGCAGUAGUUCUUAUGACAUUCCAUUUCACUUUCUGUGAUAGAUCUGAGAGAGAGAGAACACACAACAGGGCCCCAGGGAUAAAAUUACCACCAAUCAAAAAGGCUCCAUGCAUCAAAAGAUACCUAUCAUUUAUCACUGCUCAUUGGAACUUGUCCAUGGCUGCUGAAUAGGAUGCAGUGAUUAGGAAUAUGUAUUUUUUAAAUUAAGAAUUCAGUUGACCUGUGUAUAAAAAAACCCAAAAAACAACACAAAAAAACCAGGGGGGAAAAAAGCAUAAGAGAAAUUCUAUCAGUUAAUAUAGAAGAUCUCUCCUUGAUUAGAUAGAAGUUCACACAGUAAAAUGAGCCCCUCCCAUCUAUUCACCUGAGUAAUGAGAAUUCAGGUAAAAAUGACAGGUGAGAUAAGACUCCGCCCCUGUCAUUUACAUCUUUACUAGGAAUGAUUCUCAGGUUAAAGACUCCACCCGCUUUCUCUUCAUGCCUGGGUAGCUGAUGGUCUACACCCCCUCUCUCUCUUUACAUCUGUUGUGUGUUAAGUCUGCCUUAAAUCAAUAUAACAUCAGAGGCUGUUUCAACCAGGUGUUAAAAUCUGUAAUUACACAUUAGAAUCUGACAGGAGGUCUUAAUUGGUUUUAUGCUAAUGACUAUGGAGUUUGUUUAGAGAGGGCUGGGUAGAUGGAGAUGUGUGGGGUUUAUGUAAAUGAGCUUUAUCUAGGUAGCUAAGAGAGGGUUUUUUUUUUUUUUUUAUUAAAGAAAGAUACAGUUAUGUUUUGGUUGAAGUAAAAUGUCUGCUAUUGAUACUUAACUGAUAACAGGCUUCCAGGGUUUGUUGUUAUUGUAGCAGAGACCCUCGUUUGAAAAAUUCUGAUAAGCAGAAAAUAUAGCCUGUCUCUACCAAGUCCAUAUGUUUUGAAUCAGAAUUUCAUAUUUGUGAAAAUUAUACAAAAUAAUGUGUAUGAAUUUUGUUUUAUGUACAAGAUGGACCUCCCCAUUUUAACAGGCUUCAUUAUAGCACAUUAAUAAGAAUUUAUGGCCAUUAAAUUCCAAAAUGUGUAGUGAGGUGAUUUGUGUGACUUCUGUACAGGAUUCACCUGGAAGUUCCCCGUGGGGAACCCCACUGAACCUUAUCAUCCUGACUACCAUGAGCUGUGAUUGGCCGGUGAGCUGCUGAUGUUAAGGUGGUAUUAAUUAUGUUCAGUAGUAGGGUAGAGACAAGGUGAAUUAAAGAAGGUGGACUCUGGAUAUUUAAUUUAUCACACCUGGAGCAGGCUAAGGAAUCGGAUGGCUAGGGUCACUUUAGUCUGUGGAUACGAGCUGUGGAGGUAGAAAGUGUUGCAGAGAUUGCCGGGAUUAUACCUGAUGAGGGAAUCAUGCUGCGGGAUUUUUAUAAUAUUAUAAUGGGCUUCGUUGAGGACGAAGUGAGCGAUAUCAAGCAACAGAAAACAGCAGAUGUAACCACCACAAACAGUGGUAACCAUGACAAUGCUGAAACCCAUGACAACAGUCCCCAUGACAAAGCCAGUCUACAGAAGAAAGAUGAAAAUUGUGAUGAUGAUUCUCCGAUAGAAACUGGACUUAUCCCAAAGACACCAAACUCCGACAAGGAAAACUCACAAGAAAAGCAGGAGGUAACAUCAGUGGUGUUGCCAUACAAACAGCCGUCAUGUGUGACUAAUUCCAACAGGAGUACGGAGGAGGACAAGAUUCAAGAGUACCUGAACCGCAGUGACACAGCAGUUAUAUACCCUGAGCCGGUCAGUGACCUGGAGGCUCAGGAGCUGGAGGCCAGUCAUGUACAAGAGACUGUGGAGGAGGAGGGGGAGGACAGCCUCGACAAUGAUAGUGUUUUGGAGGAAGACUUGGUGUUGAAGUGUAUCUACUGUAGCCAGCCGUACUCCAGAAUCCCUGUACUGAAGGAACACAUGAAGUCUGCCCAUCCAGACAAACCGGUCCGCUUCCAGUGUCCCAAGUGUGAAGAAACCUUCAACCAGAAGUCGCAUCUGGACAAACACCUGGCCCUUCACUCUCCCACCUCUCAGUCUUGUAAAGUCUGCAACAAGACCUUCGCCAAUGUUUACAGACUACAGCGGCACAUGAUAAGUCACGACGAAAGCACAGACCUUCGCAAGUUCAAGUGUCCGGAAUGUGGAAAGGCAUUUAAGUUCAAGCACCAUCUGAAGGAGCACAUCCGCAUCCACAGUGGAGAGAAGCCAUUCGAAUGUCCCAACUGCCAUAAGAGAUUCAGCCACUCAGGAUCCUACAGUAGUCACAUGACGUCCAAAAAGUGCUGGGUGGCAGGACCAAAGGCACACAUCACUGACAGGGUCAACCAUAUGGAGCCCACCGUCACUUAUUCCAAACCUCUCAUCUCCAAGGGAUCCUUCACUCCACCGGUCCACAUGCUGACCUCUAUGGCCCAGGGACCAUUCCCAAGAGUUCCAUACUUGCAUUUCGAUCCAAAAGGAAGCAUGCCAUUUUUCACUCCCCCACCAGCCUUUGUCCCCUACACGUACUCCAUGAUUCGUCACAGCUCACCCAUCAAUCCAAUCAUCUCUCUCCAAGCGAAGACUGAAGCAUUAACAUGUCACAGUGUCAAUCCAUCUCAUGCCAACACAGCCCAGAUCUCUCCGGAUGUCAAUUCCAACACUCAGCUCAUUUCCAUGCACAAAUCUAUGUCCAAGGACAACACUGCAAUCAAGAAAGAACCAGUAGAGUGUAAACUAGAGCCUAUAUGCACUGAUUCCAAACCUAGACCAACAGAAGAACCAAUGGAAGCUGACAGACCACCAGAGAAAAGGGAAACACCGCAGGCAGAGACCAUCAAACCAGACGUGAAGAUGGAGGAGAGAGAAGACUCUGAAAAAGAGAAGAUCCUCUGUCACUUCUGCAAUGAGGUCUUUAAUAGUGCAGUAGAUCAACAUCAACAUGAAAGGUAUCUAUGCAAGGCUAAUAAGGAACUUCUACAGAGGGCAUCCUUCAGUGACAGUUCCAGGAAUUCUCCGUGUAGCUCAGUCUCUGACCGGGGAACCCCCAAUGGCAGCUUUAGCGCUCCAGACACGGACCACGAGGAUGACUGUGACUCCAAGAAAUUCCGGAUGAGGACACACAUCAGUGAGGAGCAGCUGUCAGUGCUCAAGUCCCAUUACAAGGAGAAUCCAAGACCAAGAAAGUUUGAGCUGAUCCGUAUUGGAAAGGAAAUUGGAAAGGAGAAGAGAGUGGUACAAGUGUGGUUUCAGAACAUGCGGGCUAGAGACAGACGACAAGGGAAGAAUGUGCCAUAUGUUCCAUCCAUGGCUCGCUUCAAGCACCACGAUGGUUCUGUGUGGAAGGAUCCGACUUCCUCCCAGUCCAGCUACAUCCCAGUUGUUCCCAACACAACUCGUGCGCAUGGGAAAAAGCUAGACCUACCAUCUACAAGCAGGUCAGAGGAACAGCCAUUAGAUCUCAGUGUCCACAGCCGGACCCCCACACCGGCACAUAUGGGCAGUCCUAGUUCCUCCAACAGCUCCUCCAGUACUCCUCACAAACCUUUAUCCCUGAACUUCAGCGGAAAGCUGGACAGUACUGCGGAGACUCCUAAGAAAGAGGGCAGACUACAGAGUUCAGCUAUCUACAAAUACUUACAGCAGGAGGGCAUGAUUCCUCGACACUUCUUUGGGAACUACUUACCACAUCCCCCCACCUCCAUGUUCCAGCCCUUUCUACAGGCACACUUACUAGCUAACCAGGAAGCUAGCAUGAGUCACCACCACUUCGAGCAUCGUUCCAAAUCUGCUGAACCAGUCCAAAAACCAAGUUUCACGGACAUUAACAAAAAUAGUGCUACUCCUAUGGACUCCAAGUUCUACUUUGAGCAAAAUGGCAACAAGUCUGGUCGUCUGGUGAUUGAUGAGAGUCAGGAUGAGGAUUCAAACUGUUCCAGUGACAGUUGUAGUGACACUGAGCAGUAUCGCCGGGCCAUGGCAGACGCCACCUUGAAUCUUGCUACACUAGCAGAAGUCAGCCUGUCCCAGCGAGCGGCCCUGAUGGAGAGCUCAUUGAAGUCCAAGCGGUUGAGGAAGAAGAGCUGGCGGCAGGUACACGGCUAUAUGGAAGCAGAAGAGGUUCAAAUGGACCUGGAGGAUUCACUGCUGGAUGAGGAUCAUCCACUGAGGAAGAAGCGGCGCAGCUGGAAGGGACACAAAAUUGAUGCUGAGGAGGGAAUGUAUGCAUGUGACCAGUGUGCGAAGGUCUUCUCCAAGCAGAGCUCCCUAGCCAGGCAUAAAUACGAACACUCGGGUGCUCGUCCAUUUACUUGUGAAAUUUGCGGCAAGGCCUUCAAACACAAGCACCAUUUGACAGAGCAUCGUCGACUCCACUCCGGCGAAAAACCCUUCGAGUGUAAGAAGUGUGGCAAGCGAUUCAGCCACUCGGGCUCCUACAGUCAGCACAUGAACCACCGCUACAAGUACUGCAAGCCACUACGAGAGGAUGGAUUCUCCUCGUCUUAGUCCUUCACUGUAAUCUACAAGUACUGCAAUCUGCCACUGUACUAUUUCAUGGACUGGGUACUGAGAAGACUCGACCUUUUCUUCCUGAAUAGGUGAAAAGCUCUCUCCUCAGGAGCUGAUUGCUUCUGCCAUGUUAUCAUAGAUUUAUGGGAGUUGUCUCCCUUAGAUUGCUGUCUAUGUUUAAGAAAGUCCCAUGUUACUAUGUUAUUGAUUGAAAACAAGAGUUUUGUCCUCCUACAUGUUAUCUGGAUUUGUUAAGGAUUUAGAAUUAAGACAGAAUAUUUAUGCACUGCAGAAUUUGUCCAGACUGGAUGUUUUAUAGCUUUGUUGUGUUUAAGUCUCCAUUCCGGGUUUUAUUGGCUCUCGGCAUUCCAAUGAUGUGGAGCUGGGGAACAUUCCUGUAUCAUCAUCCAUCAUCACAAUCAAGCACAUCAAGCUGAGAAUUUCAAUCAUAUAAAUUUUCGUACAUUUAUCCAAUAUUCACAUGAUUUGACAUUGCAUAAUGUUGGUAUUUUUAGAUUGCAUUGUUAACUAUAAACAUUCAAAGUUUGAUGUAAUAUCAAAUGAGGAAAUUUCAAGGCUUUUAACCUGAGCAUUAUAACACUACAACAGUGCGUGUGUGUUGUUCCUGCAAUCUUUCUACUCCAUGACAUUUAUAAAUGGUGUAUGUAUAUCUUGUCGUGAUCAUGUUUUAUAAUGAGUUUAUUUUUCAUACAAGACUUUUUCUCGAGAAAGAAAUAGAGGGGACCAAAAGAUUGAGUAAUGUGUAUAUAUCUGAGGUUUGCAUGUGAGGAGAAUUCUUUGAAAUUUGAAAUAUGUUUCCAUGGUGACGAUGUCUAGUCCACCAAUCAGAUGACCUGAUAGCAAUACUCAUGUGGUUAAUGUUGUGUUAGCUGGCUAGUCCCCCACGUGUUGUGAAUGUCCCCAGAUUUGAUGCUCUGUGUAAUUCGUGUAUUAGGAUUAGUUUUGAAUUAUCAGUUUCUGUCAUAAGAGUUAGAACAACUGACUUCUGAUAUUAUACAUCAGAAAGUCACUAGUUUUUCAGGACCUUCUCUGUUCAUGUUUAUUUAAAGGCAAUCAAACUGUUUUAAUUUAUUUAUUGAGUUAAUAUAUUUUAUGACAUAUUUCUGUAGAAAAUACUCAACUUGUUGAUGCUCAUAUUAAAGGAGAAUUAGUGCUUCCAGAAUACACAAACAAUACGAUCUCUACCAAGAGGCUGGUAGUCAAUUUACUGAUCCAUUAUUACAUUUACUUAGUUCGAUUGUAUUUUUAAAUUGGAUGAUGUUUAACUGAAAUCCUCUUUUUUCUGCAGCAGUAACACAGUGUAUUGGGAUUGAUUUGAUUUAUUUUCCUCCACUGCUGAGACUAGUUGAUGUUAAGGCUACAAUCAAAUUGUUGUACACUGUUAGUCGCUUGGAUCUCGUAAGACUCUAUGUUUGUGAGACUUUGUUUGCGAUCUUACCUUAACGCGGUACAAUUUAUUGGUGGUCAUAAUUUUCGUAAAGAUUCAAUUUGUUUAACACCAAGUAUGAUUAUGUUGGAAAAUUAUUUUUUCUUUUUGGGCCAAGAAAACCUCCCAAGUUUAGGCGAAAAUUGAGUUCUCGUGAAUGAAAAUUGAGUUCUCGUGAAUGAAAAAUGAGUUCUCACGAAUGAAAAUUGAGUUCUCCCGAAUUAAAAGCGAUUGACAGUAGUUUCUGGCCAGUCGUCGAAUCUCUGUAGAUUAGGUGGAUUGUUACUUUUAUACUGUGCUGAUUUUAACAGGAGCUUCCCAUACAAUUGAAUACCAGUAUUUGCUCUGUGUGUGUACUACCAGGAAAGUAUUGAUGUUAUGUUAAACCAAUCAUCAUCAGCGUGCAUGAAGUGUGAGAGUACAGUGCAAUCCAUAGAGUGUAUUCGAUUUUAUGUAGAGAGAUGCCAUUUUUAUUAUAUUUCUAGUUAUCUAUAAUCUGAUCCCUUUCAUUGAUUGUUUUAUUUAACCUUGGUAGCCCCAAAUCAGGCAAAUGAAAUCCGAUAGAUCAGUAUGAAAAUUUAUCCAGAAAAAUCUUUGAAAACCUUAAUGUCUUAAGAAAACCGCAUAGUGGAAAGCAGUGCUCUUUUAAUUUUAUCAUGUGCCAAAGUUUUCAUCCUGCAUUUUGUGCCAAAUUCAAUUUAUUUAGGUCUCCUUGACCUAGAUGUGUCGUGAAUUCUCCGCUGCCAAAAUGACCUAGUCCCUUCGUUUGGUGUCGUUUUCGUUCCUACCUUUACAGACAAAUUUAGUUUUACUUUCCCUUUAGUUUCCCUUUACAGACAAAUUUAGUUUUACUUUCCCUUUAGUUUCCCUUUACAGACAAAUUUAGUUUUACUUUCCCUUUAGUUUACCUGUGUUUUAUCUUUGCUAUAUAGCAGGUUUUAAAUUUCUAUUAGGAAAUGACUGCAACAUUUUUAUAUUUUUUUUGAAAAAGUCCUUGUCUUAAUGAAAUGAAAAUUAUGUGUGUUUGUAAGUGGUUGGUAGAAGGCGGGAAUAAGCAAUAGAUUGUACAGUACCAGUCCCUUUAAUAGUAGUAGUAGUAGUACUAGUCCCGAUAAUGUAGUACCUAUAGUCAUUGCACUUGUUAUAUAUCGCCACCUCAGUCUUAAUUAAUACUGUUAAUUAGUAUGAUGUAUAUAAUUGUAGUUGAUUUUGUGAAACUUUAAACCUGGGAGAUGGAGUCAGUAUAUUGUCAUUCUUUCUUGGUUCUAAAAAAAAUCUUAUUAAUAAAUUCAAAUUUUGGCAAGAAAAUCGGUUUAAUUUGAAUUUUUAUGAAAAAUUGUGUUGUACAUUGGUUUAUGUGCUAAUUGAGUCAAGGAAGAAUGCAGUGUUUUUGAUUUUUAUGAUUUAGAAUUUAGAAAACGUUUGAUUGAAUGAUGGGGUGUUUGAGUAAUGUUAAGAGUGAUUGUGUGUAGGUCUGUAGAUGGAGUGUGUGAGAGAGAUUGGCUUAGCUCUCUAACCCCAGCAUGCCGACGUCUUGCCAUUACAGUAUUAUAAACUUCCUGUGUCUUCCUUGUGCCAGUAUUAUAUCGUGCACUUCACUACGCAGAUUAUAUUCACUUGGUGUAGUCGAUAUUUAAAUCUAGUCUUUUUAUCGUGCACUUUACACAAAUUAUACUCACUUGAUGUACUCUGUAUUUAAAUCUAGUCAUUAUAUUGUGCACUUCACAAAUUAUAUUCACUUGGUGUAGUCUGUAUUUGAAUCUAGUCUUUUGAUUGUGCACUUUAUUUCGCAGAUUAUCUUCACUAUAUAAACCUAGUCUUGCCCUACUGUAAUGUAAUAAGGUUUUGCUCUAGUCAUUUGCUUCGUAAUUUAAAUGAAGAUUUAGCUCUAGUCAUUCGCUGAGUAAUUUAAAUGAAGGGUGCAUGAUUAGAUCUAGUCAGGCCUUUUCUCCCAGUAAUCCACUUGCGGGGGAAUCUUUUUUUUUUUUUUCCCCCGCAAUCUGGUUAUGUCAUAAAUUUAGAAAUUUAAAAGAAAGAUGCCAUAAAGAAAAUACUCAUAUGUCUUUUUUCUAAUAAGCGUACACGAAUACCAAUGAAUAGAUGACCAAAAAUACCCCCUCCCCAUGUGUACAACCCCCAGUUGAUGAUACUCCUUCUUAAUCCCUAAGUGCCAAACUCAGUCCCUAUACCGUUGAUGCCAACGCCCCCUCAGUAUUGUAGAUUAACCUGCUGAUUUUUUUAUCUGUAUAGCACACAUGUUUUAUCUCACCAUUUAGCUGCUGAGCUAGUAAUCAAAAUUAUGUACAUAGCAAGUAGUCUCCCUUGUCCUGUGUAGUAUUUUUAUAUACAUGUAUCGUGCGAUGUGAGUGGUCGAUUGUGGAAAGUGAAUGUGAUGUUGAGAUGAUGAUUGGUUUAAACAUGAAAACCCCCACCACAAAUCAGUAUUAACUUGCCAUACAAAUAGUCAGUUUUCUAGCUUUGUUAGUAUUGUCUGUUAAUGAGAUUCUGUUUAAAUACAUGUGUUUAUUAGCAACAUGUAGAGGUUCCUCAAUCUAAACACAAAGCAACAUUUACUUUUGUAUCUGCAUAUGCUAGCAACGGAAUUUUACAAAUUCCAGUAAAAAUCCAAUUAGAAUUUCUUGUGUGUAUUGAAUAUAUAUAUAUUGUGUAUAUAUAUAUAUAUAUAUAAAUGAUGCAAUACAUGCCAUUAGAUGUAUGUUUUAUGUGUUGUAUUAAUGUAAUGUUGCAUGAGAUGUAAAUAUUUAUGUCACUAUUUACUUCAUAAGGAAUAUAUCCUUAGUUUUAAAUUGCAUGUGUUAUUGUAGAUUUAUUCAUAAUGUAUAAUAUAGUUUAUUGUGAAAUAAACAAAGGGAGUUAAUCUAGUCAAGAGAUGUACAAAUCAUGCCUGCAAUUGUAAGUCUUGAAAAUUUCAAUCAUUGUGUUGUAUUGCCUGUCUACAGGGCAACAUUUCAUGAUAUAUGUUUAUUUUAAUAUAUGCUUUUUAUGAAGUCAUUUUAAUGAGUUUGCCACUGGUUUUAUGUCAAACAUUGCAACAGAUAUUUCCUAAUUCAAAUCAUCAGACAAAUUGUUUUCUCUGUACAUUCCAAGUUUUCACAAUUAUAGUUUCCAUUGGAUUCAAGAGACAUUUUUUUUUUUUUUUUUUGUAUUUCUUGCACUUUUUGAAAAAAAGUUUUCUUUCUUUCUUAUUUUGCUUUUCUUUUUUCUUUUUUUGCAUGUGAACACCAUUAUUUUUUAUCCCAUGAAAUUAGACAUUGAUACUCUUAUUGAAUACCCUGUAAAUGGUCAAGAAAUCCUGAUUUUUUAUUAUUAUUUUUUUAGUCGUGAAUUUGCAUAAUAUAGUCAGCGUUCUACGCGAGAAUCGGUGCGUGUGUGACAGCUCUGUUUGUAUUGUCACGCUCAGUGUUCUCCAUUAAUUCCAAUGUUUUAUGUAACCAGUCUGUAGAAAUUACAAAUAAAAAUCAAACUCCA